GAAUUCGACUUGAAGAGCUCUCAGGUAGAUCACAGUACCUGUGAUUAACUAAUCAGCCAGGUAACUGUCCGGUCUGAGAACCUACCUGGCAUCGGUCGAUAUUAAUCAGCCAUUCGGAUAGAUCUCGGCAGUUUUCUAUAUUGGUUUUGUGUUUGUGUAGUAACCGGAACGUGGAUAAAUACAUGAACUAUGCGGAAUGUAAAUAAGUCUUGACAUACAUAUAUAGGUUGAUCGGUAUAUUUUCUACACACGCUGAUACAUGGUUGCGUACAUGUUUAUCAAUCAAUGGAAGAUCACUUAAGCUUAUGGUGACGGGAAAAGACGCUACUGAGGGGACAGAUAGCCGUGUGUCGAGGGGCAGGAUGGACCCCCAAGGCGCCCUGCCCCGGCCCCAGAAGGUGUUUAUAUGGGAAGACAAGCCCAGACUCCUCCGUGAUAUCCUGUCCACUAGUCGUCUGCCUUUUGUGGCCAAACAUCAUGAAGGGGAUUUAGUUAAAUAUAUCAAAACAUGGAAACGUCCCAGCGACAUUACCGAGGACCAGAUCGUGCACUUUGUAGACACGAAGACUCAUCAAAUGGUCGUCUGCAAAAAGAUGGUCUGGGACCGGAAAUCCUCCGAGUACGUGACGGCAAACAAGAGGAUGGAGAUCCGGUCCAGUGUAAAAGGUUGGUUUGAAGUUCUGCCAGAGGACGGUCGGCCAGUGGAAUAUUUUGAUUCCAUACAAGCGAUCGCCAAUGUCAAGCCGCGACGGUUCCUGGUUCGAACCUCCGUGGUGGGCUAUCAGCUGAGCGUGGACGCUGGGGUGGGGUCGUGGGUGCCGCUCGAGAUCUCCCCAGGGCAGGUCCUCACCACUGGUAUUGUUUAUAUGGACCAGAAAAAGAGUAAAUCGAAUGUAAAGAACUUCUUCAAGAAAAUUAUCAAACCGGCGAAAUAUUCUCAAAAGGACCAAGAAUUAAAGUAUCUCCAGUGUUUUGAUUCAAACGCUCAGGAAGUAAUGAUUCCGCUUAUAAUGACGGGCGUAUUCAGUCCCGUCGGAGAUCUAACGAAUAAUGACUUUGAUUCUGUCUACGAACUUCAAGAUUUAGUGGCUUCAUUCUCGCUCCCAGUGCGAGCGCAGCUUAUCCAUGCAGAUCCCGGCGCAUGCUCCUUGCCUAGUGGGUUAGUGAUGAUAGAAGGAGUACGGGAAGAAGUGACGAUUUUGGCGGGGGUUUACCCGGUCAGUGAGGAUAGUGAACUAGCUGAAAUCCCAGUCAAUGCAAAAAUCUAUUUUAGGAAGGAUGUGUCGAAAGGUCAUGCUAGCAAACGUAAAACAGACCAUAUAGCCAUGAAUACAGAAGAACGUAUUUACGAGAAUAGUGCGCCUUUAGAAAUGGAAGUGGAACUUCCAGUUCGUAUCAAAACGAGCAAAAAAUCAAAAGGACCAGGUAUAUUAGAUAAACUAAGCCUACGUUCAAAAGCUAAAAAGGAGCGAGCAAGCCUGAAGCAGUUACAGGAAGAAGGUGUGUUUUCUUCCAGACUGACAAAGAGUGAUUUUAAUUUAGAAUCUUGUACGCAGGAUGAAGAGGAAGUUAGUGAAGAUGAUUUACAAAGAAAGACAACAGAGUCCCAAAAACCAGACUACACAGACGAAAACGACCCAGUGUACCGCCCCUCUCAAUUUUCGCAAGAGGAUGCUACAUAUCAAAGCAGAAAUCUCCCACCCAUUCCGAAAUCCCCGGAAGAACGAGAACCAUUGUAUGAAGAACUUCCGGUUGCGCCACGCCCUCCAGUGGAUGACAUUACUCAUGGUCAUAAAACUCACACACAGGAUGAUGAUUACAUGAGUCCUGCGCAAGUGAGAAGAAACAAGGAGAGAAGUGCCAUGUACAGUAAACCUCCCAUUGCUCCGAGGAAUUCUACAAAGUCCAAAGACCCAAUUUAUAGAUCUCAUAAGGAAGACCCAUUGGAUUUUGACAAAUUGUUUCCUUUUACAGAAGACGGGCGUGUAACACAAGUUAUUAGGCAGGAUACAGAAUUUGAGGAUGGGCGAUCCCUUGCGCGAGAUUUUGAAAUACCUCAAUAUCAUACAACAAUCAACCCAGGGACCACUGUCAGUUCUACUUACCGAGAUAGGCGCAUGCGUGCAGAUGAACAUAAAAUGGACAGCGAUCCAUUCAAUUCUUUAACCCGAAUGCGGUCUCGGUCCCACAAGAAUUUGCUGUUGGAUGCUAAUGCAACAGUUCGUAGUCAUAACAUGAGACAUGUUAACAAUGUGAUGAGCGUGUUUAAUUGUGAUGAAAUUAACUCUUCUCUCCAGCAGCGAGAUCCAGUCUUACCUCACGAUUCCGUUCCGCUCCGAGAAUUUAACCACCGCCUGUCUCUGUUUGAGCCCGGACAGUACGACAGACGAUCUCUGUACGCCACGAGUGAGCCGGGCAGCAGACGAUACCAGAGGUCAAUGUCAUCCACGGGAAUCAACGAGAUGAUGUCACGACCGGAGGAGUCCGUGUUGUCAGGUGACUACGGUUACCACGGCGACAGUGAGUACAGUUACGCGGAGUAUGGCGAGGAUUUCGAUGACGGGUGGCGACCUCCUCUUGACCUGUCUAAUCUUAGCGUACAGGAGGUGUCGAGGUCUCUGAGGUAUAUUGGAAUGAAGGACCGGGUGGUGAAGAGGUUGUCUAACGAACAGAUAGACGGUCAGUUACUGUGUUCUCUAGAUAAAAACCUCCUCCGCGAGGGAUUCCCGGAACUGAACGCUCUAGACGUCAAAAAGAUAAUAGACUUCAUCAAUGGCUGGCGACCAAAGAAGUAACCCCGUCCAUUUAUGUGUGAAAUGUCUGUGAUAUAUGUACAAAGUGUUUACUGUUAUCCUUGCAGCGUUCUAUCAUAUCAGAGAUGCGAGUCCAUUUAUUUGUUUCGAUGCUGUGGUCGUGUCAUGUAUAUUUGUAGCUGCAGAUCUG